GGGCACCCUUACAGUUCCAUCCCUCGAGGGGCUCCGUCCACACUGGUCCGUCCUCCUUGUGGUUUUGUGGCCCCGAUGACAAAAGGGUUGGCCAAGAAACUGAAUGGCAGACACGAGGCAAACCCGCAGUCCGGUUAUCGACCCUCGUAGAAGAAAGAGAAAGGGCCAGGCCACAGGGGGACAUCCAGCCUCCCUCGUGAAUGAUCCGGACCCAAUGAACAGGGCGACCCUCUGUCACCCGUCGGGUUGGCCGGACUGGAACAGGGUAACGAUGCUCAGGGCCGGCAGUGGAGGAGGGAGGACGUGGAACCCUUGCCCGUGGUUGGCGGGGCGUACACAGGGGAGCCUUUGGGGAAGGUGAUCUGCCGGCCUGUACAUCAGCAUCUCAGGUGCGCAUGCCGUGACCCCGGCCGCCUUCUAAAUAGGUCCUCUGCCCGCGAGUGUCUGUUGUGACGUCCUCUGUAGUGGCAGAAAGUACGCAGCAGCCUGGGAGUCUCCAGCAGUAAGGGAAGAGUCAGCAGAUGGAGGGACAGCCCACAACGGGAGGCCACACAGGCAGUGCAAAAGAUGACAGAUGACGAUGUCCAGGCAUGGAGGAACAUGCCGGACGUGCCCCGGGUGGAGAAAGCACUGUGCGCCCUGCGGAGAUGUCCGGGACGGAGCUUACUCCUACCUCUGAAUUAGUUUGCCACGGUGGUGGGAGCAGACUCCCACAGACUGGGUGGCUUAAAGAGCAGAAAGGAAUGGUCUCCCGUUUCUGGGAGCUGGAAGUCUGAGCUCUAGGCGUCAGCUAUAUUCACCUCUUCCGAGAGCCGGGGGAGCACAUGUUCCGUCCCUCCCCCGCAGCUUCUGUUGGUUUCCUGGCCAUCUGUGGCCUCCCCUAGCUGGUGGAUCGCUGCCUGCCUCUUCACAUGCCUGUCCCUGAACUUCACCCUUUUACAAGGACACCAGUCAUCCUGGGUGAGGGUCUGCCGAGCUGAGCUCAUUUGAACUCAAAGGGUCUGUAAAGACCUUUUCUUUCUACGGAAGGUUACUGGAAGGUUACGUUCUGAGGGACUGGGGAUUGAGGCUUCGGAUCUGCGAAUUGGGCUGGGCGGGGACGUGAUGCAACCGAUAGAUAAGGACGGAUAAAGGCCCUGAGGGAGGGAUGCUCUGGGCCUGCGCCCCGGAUGGAAGGAAGGCCUUGGUGGCUGCAGGGUGCCGUCUCCGCCCUCCUGCGCGAGCUCGCCAGGGACUCCGUCUGAUGGACAGGUCGUCGUGAGCCCCGGCCCCUUCCUUUGGGCCCGUCAGCUGACCGUGUAGUGGUAGAAGGAAGGAGCCAAGGCUCUCUGCUCCCCCACCAGGCCAGGUGAGGCCCCGGAGCUGUAGGGAGAUGAAGUUCGGCUGCCUCUCCUUCAGGCAGCCUUAUGCGGGUUUUGUCUUAAAUGGGGUCAAGACCGUGGAGACGCGUUGGCGGCCUCUGCUGAGCGGCCACCGGAACCGCACCAUCGCCAUCCACAUUGCCCACAGGGACUGGGAAGACGGGGCUUGGAGGAAGCUGCUGGCCGAGAGGCUUGGCAUGAGCCCCGCUCAGAUUCAGGCCUUGCUUCGGGAAGGGGAGAAGUAUGGCCGCGGAGUGAUAGCAGGGCUUAUUGACGUUGGGGAAACUUUGCUGUGCCCAGAAGACUUAGCUCCGGAGGAGGUCGUGGAACUGGAAAAGCAAGCUGUCCUGAGCAGCCUGAAGCAGAAGUACCUCACUGUGCUUUCGAACCCCAGGUGGUUGCUGGAGCCCAUCCCCAGGAAAGGCGGAAAGGACAUCUUCCAGGGCGGCGGCCUCCAGAAGGCCUUCCUCCGGGGCCUGGGCGCCCUUAGGGCCCCUCUCCUGGGGCUCCCAUGGCCAGGCCAGCUCCCACACAGUCCCAGUUGAGGAGCUCCCGUCUCCCCAUCCAGACAAGGAAGGAGG